UUCUUCAAAACCAUGGCUUCUCGUCUUCAACAAGUUUCUGCUCAUUUGGCUCCCAGUGACGGCGUCGCAAACAAGAUUGGUGUCAAGUCACCUGAAGACGUUGUUAUCGUUUCUGCUCUUCGUUCUGCUAUCACCAGAGCUCGUAAGGGUGGUUUCAAGGAUACUUUGCCUGAAGAAAUUUUGGCUGGUGUCUUCAAGGCCAUGAUUCAACAAACCAAGAUUGAUCCUGCCAUCGUCAAUGAUAUUUGUGUUGGUGGUGUGUUGCCUCCUGGUGGUGGAGCAACCAACAGUCGUAUGGCUGCUCUUUAUGCUGGUUUUCCCGAAUCUGCUGCUAUCAACACUGUCAACCGUCAAUGUUCUUCUGGUCUUCAAGCCGUUGUUCAAAUCGCCACUGCUAUUCAAGCUGGUUUGAUUGAAGUUGGUAUUGGUGCUGGUGUUGAAUCCAUGACCAAGAACUACGGUGCUGCUUCUCUUUCUGCUACCUCUGAAAAGAUUGCUGAUGCUUGUCCUGCUGCUGCUGACUGUCUUAUUCCCAUGGGUAUCACUUCUGAAAACGUAGCUGCUGAAUUCAAGGUCACUCGUGCCAAGCAAGAUGCCUUUGCCGCUUCUUCUCAUGCCAAGGCCGCUGCCGCUCAAAAGAACGGUUGGUUUAAUGCUGAAAUUGUCCCUCUUGAAGCCACCGUGCUCGACAAGGACGGUAACGAAAAGAAGGUCGUUGUUGACCGUGACGAUGGCGUUCGUCCUGGUACUACACCUGAAACCUUGGCCAAGUUAAAGCCUGCUUUUAAUGAAAAUGGUUCCACCACUGCCGGUAAUGCCUCUCAAGUAUCUGAUGGUGCUGCUGCUGUCUUGUUGAUGAAGCGUAAGACUGCUGAAAAGUACGGUCUUCCUAUCCUUGGUAAAUACAUCACAUCUGCUGUUGUUGGUGUGCCUCCCAAAAUCAUGGGUGUUGGUCCUGCUUAUGCUAUCCCUGUCGCUGUUGAACGUGCUGGUAUCAAGCUUUCUGAUGUUGAUAUUUAUGAAAUCAAUGAAGCUUUUGCUUCUCAAGCUGUUUACUCUGUUGAAAAGCUUCAAAUUCCUUUUGAAAAGGUUAACCCUAAAGGUGGUGCCAUUGCCUUCGGUCACCCCUUAGGCUGUACUGGUGCUCGUCAAAUUGCUACUCUCUUCCCUGAAUUAAAGCGUCAAAACAAGAAGAUUGGUGUCACUUCUAUGUGUAUCGGUACUGGUAUGGGUAUGGCUGCCGUCUUUGAAAACGAAUAAAUCCUUGUAUAAAAUGUGUGCAUAUUCCCCCCCCCCUUAAUUUUAAUCUAGCUAAAAACAAAAUGUUUUUGUGCAAUCAAUAAAUAAAUCAACCAGAAAUUUCUUUAUUUUUUA